GAGCUCGUGAUUGGUUAGCCGGAAAAAGCGGCUGACUCGCCGACGACGGACGAUCCGUGUGAUUAAUUUCUUUUGCUAAAAUGCUAAAUAAACACAGUUUUCGUCGUUUAUAACGCGACAUUUUAUCUUCGAAUAUGCUGUCGCGACUGCUUCGGCAGUUUUUAUUUACUCUUACGCAUUGGGUUGUGAAUGUACUUGUUGCUGUUCAAAAUGUUUAUUGCCGAUUUUGGACAAAAAAGGGCGACUUUCCCAGUGAUCAAGGGACAGAGAAGGAUAUCAAGGUGAUAUUGAAGCACUUGCCAGACAUAAAGAAGAAGCCAAAGCAUUUAGUAGUUCUAGCAGACACAAGUGAACAUUCAUUGCAAAGCCUCGCUCUGGUGGUGAUUUGGAGUCUCGUGGCUGGAGUUCCUUACGUCAGUUUUCAUGACAUCACAGGUGAACUCAAAAGCAAUGAGGAGAAACUAUUUUUGGAAGUAGAAAAAUGUAAGAAAGGGAUACCUGGUUGCAUUAAGUGGUCCAAAUUGCCAAAUCUAAAUGGUUACACUAAUGGAACGCAAGCACACACUGUAACAGUCAAUAUUUUUACUAGUAGUGAUGGUAGACCAAAAAUUGCACAAUGUAUAAGUGAUAUUGCUAAUAAUAAAGUAAUUUGUAGACGCGAGUCGGAGGAAUAUACAGCACAAGAGUUGGGGGAAGCUCUCGCUGUAAUGUACCCUCCUGCCAUUCCUGAUCCAGAAUUAAUUCUUUAUUCUGGAUCAUUAUGUAGUUCCCAUGGGUUUUUACCAUGGCAAGUAAGACUCACAGAGUUUGUGCAAGUGUCUAUAGACCAUUGUAUAAACGUUAACAGCUAUUUAGGGGCUUUGUAUAAAUAUAAUAAAUGUGAUCAAAGGUUUGGUAAAUAAAUGUUAAAUGUUGAGUAGCAAAUGGUAGGCCUAAGUGAAAAGAAAUGUGAGUUAUUUAUUUUAUGCUGUCCUUGUUUUAAUGGUGUUUACCUGAUUGUGCAGAGAUCGAAAUUUUAUAUAACUUCUGUUUCCUAGUUUUACAUUAAGUAAGGACUAUUUGUAAUUGAUCAAAUAUUAUUUCCUAUGGCAAACUUUACAUGAAGUGCAGAAUGUAAAGUUAACUGUAAGCUAAAAUGGGAUAUUGAAACUAUCUUCCAUAUAUUAUAUAGAUUCAAUAUGUAGAGUAUGUAUUGAAUUAAGAAUACUAGUUAAAAUUGUUUCCUUAACAUCAAACUGGAAUGGUGC